AUGAUUACCAUCUCCAAUGAAUAAUUGAAUCCCUGUAGAUUAUAUCUAUUAAAAACUGAUAAAUUAAUAAUUAAAAAUAAAUAAGAAGAGGGAUUGACAUUUACAUUUAUUCAACAAAAGAGUAAGCCAUUAAAAUUAGAAGAAUAAUUUAAGUUUGAUUGUAAGGUUGGAAAUCAUUACUUGAUUUGUGAAAAACUUAAUCUAAAGUCUGAAGUUUAUGUUUUUAAAACUCAUUAUGAUAGAGAAAAAUAUUAAGAAUAAGAAGAAGAAUUUAAAGCUACAAAAUCAGAAUAAUAAUAUGAUAGUGAAGAUAUAUCAAAUGAAAAUGAUGAAAUUAUGAGUGAAGAAAUCGGAAUCUUACCUUAAAGAAAGAAGAAAUUGUUAAAAUGGUCAACAGCUGAAACAUCUUCGACUUAUUAUUCUAAAAAAGAGAAUUAAUCAACGACAUCUGAUAUGAGUGAAUAGUUAUUCCCAGAAAAAAGAGGUAAACGUAAGGGAUCUGAUCCAGUUAUAUAGAAAACAGAAUUUAUUGUAAAACCAAUAAUAUAAAGAACUAAUUAAAUUAAUAAUUUAUUACAAAUUUAAUCAUAUGCUAAGAUGAAUUAAAAAAGAUAAAUAACAAUCUCAGAAGAAUAAUUAUUAUCACUUAAAUAAAAUUGGAAUAUUUAAAAAAUGAUUAAUGAAUAUCUUAUUAAUUAAUAUUCUUAUUAAUGA